CAUAGUAGCCUAAAAGUGAGUCUAGAAUGUUUAGCACGUUUAUUCUCCUUAGUCGACCUUUAUUGUGUUCUGAAAUUAAUUUCAUAGCCCAUUUAAUUGAAGUAAAUCGGUAUUAGCCUACUCAUGGAGUCGCAACUGACUAAUAGGCACAUUUAAGGUAGGCUAGAUACGUUUCUGUGCAGUCCUUGGCCGCAGUGAGUAAUCUGUAAACGAGGGGUUGGAUGGAAUAGACGGCGCCAAUCACAAGAGGAAGCGGGUUUUUGCUACAGUGCGCUCUGGAGAUUUUCAACUAUAUUUUCAAAACGGAAAACGGAAUCUUGUCGACAGAAUGGAAAGUAUUAAUUCCACUGUAGAUUCAUGUACUGGCAAAAGAGUAAAUGACUUCAUAGAAAAAUAUCCGGACGCUGGAGGCGACAAUUCAACUGGCUAUAAGGAGACGACGGUUUGCUUCUCCACCGGUCUGAGUAGUUUCGGAAAUGUGACAACUUUAUGCACAGAGCCUGAAUCAAUCAGCGAGAGCGUCGUCCUCAAAUGCGUAACAGACAAAGUGUUUAACAAAAAGUACAGCGAUCGUACGGAAGAAUAUAUUAAAUCCGAGCACGACCCGUGGAAUCUUAGCAAAUCAUUUCAGAUGAAGCAGUCUGUGUCUCCUGAAAGUUCGCAAAGCUCAUCUGCGUCAACUGCAUUACAGGGAGAUAUGUGCAAGUUUAUAAAAGAUGAGAAAGAACCGUCUCUCAUAAUGGAUCCUCACGGUUCCGAUCUUGAUCUGACAUCAAACGUGUCUGCCACGAACAGUUGUUACAACAAUGGCAAGAAACAGCAAUUCGACUUUAUGGUCGACGUGCCAUCGUUCCCAAGCCACAGCAAUGGCCAACUCAGCAGUUCUCCGAACAUAUUUGUCGAUUUGAACCAGAGUAACGCACGACAACCAUUUCCUGAGAGCGUCUCUGGGAAAGGUAUGGUUAAUUAUGAUGUGAUAAACCAACAGGCAUCUCAGCAGCAUCUGUUCAUUUGCAAGAACGAAAUGUCCAGAUGGCCGCUUCAGUCCUCAACUGCGGACAGUCAAGUUUGGGGUCAGCCCAUGGGAAUGACCGAAGAGCAGCACCAUCAAGCGGCAUAUUCCUCAACUGAUGGGAUCAACACAGGUUUUCUUCAGAGGCCCUCGAACAACUACACCACAUAUUCUGGCAUGCCUCCUCAAAGAGUGUGUGUCAUCUGCGGAGAUGAGGCCUCUGGUUGUCACUAUGGGGUUGUCACAUGCGGAAGCUGCAAAGUAUUUUUCAAAAGGGCAGUUGAAGGCCAUCAUAACUAUCUUUGUGCUGGGAGAAAUGACUGCAUCGUGGAUAAGAUUAGAAGAAAAAAUUGCCCCGCAUGUCGUCUCAGGAAGUGUUACCAAGCUGGCAUGAUGUUGGGAGGACGAAAACUGAAGCGAUUUGGGGCCAUGAAGGCCAUGGGGCUACCCUCGUCCCUGAUGUUCCAGUCCCCCAUGGCUCUCGCAGGGGAUUGCCAGACCAUGACCACGAUGCCCUGCAUGCCCAGCUUAAGAGAGCUCCAGCUCUCCCCGCAGAUCAUCAGUAUACUAGACAGCAUUGAGCCAGAGGUGGUCUACUCUGGCUUUGACAACUCCCAGCCUGAUAUGCCUAACCAGCUGCUUAACAGCCUGAAUCGGCUUUGUGAGAGGCAACUUCUGCGGAUUGUCAGAUGGUCAAAGUCACUCCCAGGAUUUCGUAGUCUGCAUAUUAGUGACCAGAUGACGCUGAUCCAGUACUCUUGGAUGAACCUGAUGGUUUUUUCUCUGGGCUGGAGGACUUUUCAAAAUGUUACCAGUGAAUACUUAUACUUUGCCCCUGAUCUCAUUCUCAGCCAAGAGCGGAUGAAAAAGUCACCAAUCUAUGAGCUGUGCCUGGCAAUGCAGGUCAUCCCACAAGAGUUUGCUAAUCUUCAGGUGACCAGGGAAGAAUUUCUCUGCAUGAAAGCCCUGAUGCUUCUCAACACUGUGCCACUAGAGGGUCUAAAAAGCCAAAACCAGUUUGAUGAAAUGAGACAGAACUACAUCCAUGAGCUGACCAAAGCCAUCCACAUCAAGGAGAAAGGGUUGGUGGCCAGCUCUCAGCGCUUCUAUCACCUAACCAAAGUCAUGGAUGCCAUGCAUGAGAUUGUGAAGAAGGUCAACCUGUACUGCCUGAGCACCUUUAUCCAGGCAGACGCCAUGAAGGUUGAGUUCCCAGAGAUGAUGUCAGAGGUGAUUGCUUCACAGUUACCAAAGGUUUUGGCAGGUAUGGUGAAGCCUCUUUUGUUUCACAACAAGUGAUGCUUCCUGAAGACUGAGUGAGGAUGACCUACAAUAUCUUACCUAAGAAGACAUCCUUGGACUUACUAACAACCUUGAAUGGCAGCACCGUACAGUGUGCCCUAGGUUUUUUUUUACUAUGUAUGAUGCCUUGUGUUAGCAGUCAAUUCCAUGGCUGAAGUUACUAUUGUUUGAUCAGUAGUUUGUGACAGCAGUAAUAUUAUUAUGCCCAGAUCUGCACUAUUUUGAUUUCAUUUUUUGUUACAGUGAGAGAAGGUAGGGACCCUUUCAACAAGGUAAACAAAAACAAUGCUUGAACGUUCUAUUUGGGCCCCAAUCUACUUCCUCUGCAUUAAGAUAACAUAUGGAAUGUUGAAAAGGAAGUCUUGUGGGGCCAACUAUGAUGCUGAUAAUGGAACUCUCUUGAAAGGGUCCAGAUAGAGAUGAGAACCACUUCUGGCAGUUCAUCAGAAAAAUGUGAACCACUUUAGGGAUUUGCCAAUGUGGUGUCUUCGGGUGGGGAGGGCUAAAUGGGGUGGCGUGAGGGAUAUGGAACAGGGUAUAAGUGUCAAUAUUUUACAUUACGUUUUUAUCGUCAUUGUUGUAAUUAUUACAGGAUAUUUGGCAACACUUUCCAUUACACAGCUCAAGUUACAGUAUAUCUUAUUGGAUGGCAACCAGCAGGUGGUUACUUUGCAGUGCUGUAAGGUUAGAAUUAGGACUAAGUUUAAGGAUUGGGUGUUGGGGAAAUGCAGAGUACCAAUGUGCUACAGUUAUACUUGUAUUUCCUAUAUUUCAUUGUGUAGUUACAAAAUAACAAGUAGUAACAGUGGCUAUGUAACAGAAAGUGUUAUUGAAGUAUUGUUUUAAAAAUUCAACUACUAGAACAUUCAUUUUUAUUUAUAUACAUCUGUCUGAUUUAGAUGAAUUGUUUAGUGCAGACAAUUACCUUUGUCCCAAGGUGUUAACUAAAACCAAAAGCAAAAAUAUCCAGUAGUUAAAAAUGUAAAAAUGGUAAGGAAUGUGCAAAGUACUGCGGAGUAAACUGGAGAUUGUUGUGUUUUGGCAGUACAUUCCAUGACUAGGUAUACAUAUUUCAGCAGAACACUGUAAAAAAGGCUUGUUUGCUUGGUCAGACAUAGAGGUUUGCUGUAUCAAAGAAAUCAGUAAUGUCAGUUUCCCUAAUUUAUUAGUUAUCAAAUAUGUAUACAUGAGAUAACAAAUGCACUUAUUGUAUUGGUAACAUUAACACAUAAGUGUAUUUUUUUAAUUGUCCCUUUAUCUUCACAUUCCAGUAGAUGAAAAAGAAUAAAUAACAUAUUGUUGUGAUGCUUUGUAGAUAUACUGCAACUAGUUAGCAUGUUUGAGCACAAUAGAAUAGGAUGAUAGAUGUUACAUUUUUGUGGUGCGAUAUUAUUUCCUUAAAAUGUCCAAAAUGCAGGGGAGUAUCAGUUCCCCAUCAGUACUCAAGGUCAUUUUACAUUCUCUUGUAUUUAAAUGGAAAAAGAACACCCUGAUCUUGGCAGGCAAAUACUUUGCUAUCAAAUACUUUGGAGUUUUCUUUUGGACCAGUGCUUUCACAGCUUAAUAUCAACCUGAAAAAUUAAAUGUUUAUUUCCCAAUUAA